AUGGUAUUAGGAUAUGGUCCCCCAACUUACAGUGGAGCACCUGGUGAAGAUCCAGAAGAAUUUUGCAAUGAUUUACGUAGAUAUACAGUUGCAUCUCGAAUAAAUGUUGCACAUGGUGCUGGUCAAGCUGGUGGUAGAGCAGAAUUAGAUGGAUUAUUUGAAUCUUGCUUAUUAGGUGAUAUAAAAAUUUGGUAUGAAAACAAUGUAAAAAACCGAAACUGGAUGCUUGAUAAUGUUCUAGAUGGUACAGGUUUAGCUAGCUUAACUGCCCUUCAAGCAAUUAAUAAUGGAACCCUAACUGGUAUCAAUGCUAACCAAUUCUUAAAUGAAGCUUUAAAUAUGCAUGGACAAGCUGGAGCAACUGGUGCUUCUAUUAUUCCGAUAGGUACAUGGGAUGAAGAUUGGUCAAUAGCCGGUGGACAUCCAGCACCCAUUGGUACAGCAGUUGUAGCUCCAAAUGCUGGUACUGGUAAUCCAAUUGUAGCCCCAGGAAUUACGAUAGGACAAAAAUUAUAUUUACUCAAAAAUCAUUCCCCCAAUGUUGUGGUACAAAAAAAUAUGGUUAUGUUUGGUCAGAUUAUGCAAGGAAAUAAAUCUGUACCUCAAUUUACAGCAGAUAUUCGAAAAUAUGGAAGACUUGCAAAAAUGUCAACUGCUCAACAAAAAGAGCAAUGGCAACGAGGAUUAAAUCCUUUUAAUCAAUACAAUAUCCGUCAAGGUGGUUUAUUCUUUAAGUCAUGGGAUGAGCAAAUAAGAGACUUAACAGAACUUGAAACAUUUACCAUGAGUAUACAACAAGGUCAGAAUAUUUAUCAACCGCAAAAUCUGAAUAGUUAUCAAGCUCCGGUUCAACAACCUAGUUAUCAAGCUCCAGUACAAUCUCAAGUAAUUCAACCCCCUAAACCAACUACUCGUCCACGUCGCCCCAAGGCUGUUGGAACCAGUACAUUUUCUGUUGAUGCAGAUGGAAAUCCAAUUGCUCCAGUUAGGGAAAGAAAAGUCCCACCCAAACUUCCACCUAAAGAUGAUAAAGAAAUCGAAGCUUAUUAUCAGCUAAAAUUUAUACAUGACUUGGGUUAUUCUGAUAUUGAUGAAUUCUUUAAAGCACGGCAAAAUUAUAUCCCUGCUUCUGCUAAUCGAAAAAAACCACCUGCAACUCCAAAAAAUGAUAAUGUAAAACCGCCUGUUAUUCGUAAACCUAGGGGCAAGACUAAAACCCAAUUAGAAAAUGAGUUGGAAGAGGCUAGAAAAAAGCUUGAAGAAUUUCAUAUUUCCACACCGCAAUCUAUACCAUCUCCUCGCAAAAUCAUCACUGAUGGAGAACGAAUUGCAAAGAAAAAUAAAAUUAGUUAUCUAGCAGGUAAGGUUCUGUCAAGUACUACCACUCAAAUUCCGAUUAUUGAUCUACUCCAAAUGUUAUCCCCAGCAGUUGGCAUUGAACUUAGGAAGACCAUAGCACCUUCUACAAUAAAGGCCAUCAAUAAAUCGGAAAUACCUCAAAUAAAUCAUGCCUUAUUGCCUGAUGAGGAGCAGAGCUCCGUGUCAAAGACACAUGAAAAUCUACCUCUUCCAUCAGGUGAAACAAAAGAAAGCUAUAUAACAGUGAAAUGUGUAAUAGGGGGUAUUACAAUUCUAGACUUUAUUUUAGAUACUGGAUCUAAUUCAUCGAUGUUCUCAACUGCACUUCUUAAUAUAUUAGGAUGGAAACCAACACGAAAGAAUGAUAGAAAAAUAAGAUUGGCAGAUAAAAAAACUUCGAUUAAAGCCAUUGGCUGGUGUGAUAAUGUACCAGUGACAUUAGGUAAUAAACCCACUGUUUCUAUAACAGAUAAUUUCUAUGUUAUUGACUCUGAUAUUCCCUUUGCAAUAGGUGGCACCCCAUGGAUUCGUCGUUCUAAGGCAAAAGCAGAUUAUGAUAAACUCGAAAUGGAUGUUUCUUCUCAUGGUAAUACUAUCUCUGUACCUAUUUCAGUGAAAAAAAUCGAAAAUAGUGAAAAUGUAAAAUCCCCACUCGAAGUACAUUUUGCAGAAGAUGUUUUGGAUCAAGAGCAGAGCUCAUGCCAGAACGAAGUUCAUUCUUCCAGAAUAGGCAUAAAAAAAAAAUAG